AUGUUACCGGUAGCAUCGCACAUGCAUUCAAAUUACAGUGGUUUUCAUCAUUUUAAUCCUAAUGCAGGAUAUCCAUCUCAUACUGCUAUCAGAUAUCAAACAGAAACAAUGCCUGCAAAUAGUUUUCAUCAACCACCACCUCCUCCAAAUUAUAAAUCAGAUAUGCAUGAUCAUCCAAGUUCCUCAAUGAUGAAUCACAAUCAAUUAAUGAAUUCAGCGCCACUUCCCUCAGUUGGUUCUGUGCCUGUUUCAUCACAAUCAUCUUUAAAUUCUAUAAACUCUUUAAAUAAUGGUGGCAGCGGUAACGAUCACGCUCAACAGCCAAAUCAAGACGUUUCUAGUUAUAGUAGCACGGUGACGCCCGUAAGCAUUCCUAGUCCACCUGCAAGCCUUCCCCCUACUUCAUCGCCUCUAAGAUUUGACAUAGUGCUUGAUGCGCCUACAGCGGCAGCUCAAAGAAUCGAUGAAACUCCAAUGACAUAUCUUAACAAAGGACAAUAUUAUAGCAUUAUUAUGCAAGAUCAAGAAAAAUAUGAUAGUGAAUUAACGAGUAUCGUUAAAGUCAUGUUUCAUGAUGACGCUCAUCGUAAAAUGGCCUCGACCUAUUGGAGUUUCUGGCUAACGCAACAAUCAUCCCCAAAAAGUGCCAGAGCAAUUGAUAUUGAUAAAGCUGCAUCAACUGGUAUUAGUAAUGUAGAAACAAAAACAUUUGAUCGUGUACAGUUCAAGUGGAAUGGAAAGAAAGGCGCUAAAAUUUUUGUCAGAUUCAAUUGUCUUUCAACAGAUUUUUCACGUAUAAAAGGUGUAAAAGGUAUUCCAUUAAGAGUUCAUGGAGCUGAACGUAAAAAUAAAGAUGAUCAAAAACAUCUUGAAAAAAUGUGCGAAAAAAUGAGAGGGAAAACACAAGAAACGACACCAAUGAUAAUGAUGUACGCACCACCCAAUGCUGUAACAUCGUUCACAGAUAUCACAGGCAAUAAUGACGCAUCGGAUGACGAUGAUGUACUAAGUCUUUCAGAAACGCUAAAUAAUCUAGAUCCAGAAGUCGAAGGGGGUGAAUUGAUGACGCUACAAUUGGGUAAACGAAGACGAUUUUCAAUGGGUUCCGAGUUCUUGGAACCUUUAGAUCGUGAUCCAACUUACAUUCCACACAUAAGAAAACGUCGUGCUGUACUCUGUAUUUAUGUUAAAUUACCAGGAGAAACAUCCUAUCGAGCUGUGUAUUUGAAUCAUUUGACUGUACAAGAUCUUAUAUCAAAGCUCUCAGAUAAACUCGAUUUCAAUAACCAACAAAUUGCAGAUGUGAUAAGAUAUUCUAAAUCACGUAACUUGACUGUACGUGUUGAUGAUGAAUAUAUUAACCAGAUCGAAGAUGAACAAGAUAUGGAAGUUGAAGUUCAAAUUGGUCCAGAUGGCUCGAUGAUCUUAACGUUGAAAUAUUAG